AUGACGUACCGAAGCCAUAAUGUGGGACCGUCGCGGGCCUUUGACCAUAUCUACGAUCCGCUGUACGUGGCCUCGGACCAGAAGGACGUGUGUCGGGCGAAUCACGCGGCGUUGGCGAAAUCGGCCCCGAUCGGCAUAUUUCCCGUGUACCAGUCGAUGUUUAGUGAACUGCCCCGACUGACACGGAAUCACUACGUGAUGCACCGGAAUCCGCUGCCGUACCAUCCGGAGGUGCAGGUGACUUCGCUGAGGACGUACGGUACCGGUUACCCGGCGCAAACGCCAGACUCUUCCCGGGUACUCGGUUCCGAGCGGGCCAAGUUUUUCUGCCACCCAAACGCCGGCGAAACGGGAUGUAACGUGCGGUACGCUCCGGAACACCACGGAGGGGAUGAACGGGAGACGGAGUACUGCGGAUGUGACUACGAUGAGUCGACCGGCGACACCGGACAGCCACGGUUCCGUGAGGUUGCUUCGCAAACCGUCUUUCGGGAGUCGUCCGCUCAGACGCAACCAUGGAUGCCGACGGCCGUGUUGAAGGAGAACGUAAUGCCGGCGGCCGAGAUCGUGUACGUGGCGGAGAUGCUGCAGCAUACGCGCUUUCCCGGCGUGAACGAGGUGGAGAUUGUGGAGCGAGCGCGCCGCAAACGCACCUGGGAGUACGCGCUAGGGGCUUGCGAUUCGGUGGACGAGUGGCGCCAGCAGAAACUCGUGCUGCAGAUCUUCGAGUGGGAGGAAUGGGUCGCCCGGGAGCGCCAGAUCGAUCGGUAUCAGAUGCUGCGGCUGCAGCUGGUGGCCAAGAUAAUGGAGAAACGCGAACGGGACACUCACCAGGCGACCGAGGGUAAGAUGGAGAAUACAAAGCGACGCAUCAACGAGGCCCGGAACCAGGCCAUGCAGAAGCUGGAGGCAACGUUCGAGCGAAAUUUGCGCAAACUCGAACGGAAGCGUCACGAGCAGAGUGUACGCCAUGGUGCAAAGGAAUGGCGGGGAAUGGGUGGCACCGGUAGCUCGUUGGCGUUGGAGGCAUUCUCCGGAGGAAGAAAGAAGUACACCAAGCAGUCAUAUGACUACGAUCCCAAUCUCAUCGAAGUGGGACUGGCGAAAUUGGAGAAAAAAACGGCCGUCGCACACAAGUUUGUAAACCCCCGAGAUCAGCGUCCAGAGCUAUGGAAGCCAAAGGAAGUUUGUCGUGAGUUCCAGAAGGGUUUCUGGUCCGAUAAUUUCUUGCGCAAGCUGUAUGAAUCACUGAAGCAAUUCCGCAAUCGAAAAGACAGCGAACGUGCAGCCCCCCAAUGUUUGAUAGUGGUGUCUUCGCCGACGGAAAGUCUCGUCGUGUCGCCCGUCGCAAUGUCACCGGAAAGGGAAAACGAUUCCCUCUAUCAGCAGGCAGUUCUGCUGCAAAAGUUAAUCCGGGGUCGCGCCACCCAGCUGAUGAUCCAUCGCGACUACGCCAGCGAGCAUGAUCUGAUGGAGGAUCUUAUCGCUUCCCAUCGGCUUCCGGUGGUGGAAGAGUUCUUCCCGGCCGAAGGGUUGUCCACGGUGGCCGGCGGAAGUGUGCGCGAACGUUAUCUGCACAUCCUCAAGAACGAGCAGCUGUUGGACGCGUUCAUCGAGGGUAGCUCGCACGCGCAGAUGAGUUCGCUGAUGAAUACGCUCGAGCGGGAACUGACGCGGCUGCAACAUGAGCGGAACACCCAGGCGUUCUAUCUGCUUGCCGAACAGGAACGCUAUUGCCGGGAAUCGUCGUCCAUGUUCGAGAGCUCUUCCGCCUUUGCACCGCCGGUUGACCGGAAAUCGCAAGUAAUGCAGGAUGAGAUGGCGAUCUAUCUGGAAAAUGCGCUGCUCGAGCAGGCGGAAAAUGUGGAUGAGAUGCGUGAAAAGAUACAUCAGUUGGUGCGCAAGUUUGACGAGGAAGCGGACCGACGCAGUGAUGGGACGUCGCUGCUGAGCGCAUGUGGACCGGGUCUCGGCACGGUUGGUGGGCGAGAGGAGCUCGUCUCGAUUGCUGGUUCGUUGGCGGAUGAAAUGAUUUUGCCGGAUCUAUUCCGUCGGACCGUUCGGGAAAGAAUCAAAUUCAAACAACAGCCGCACCUGGCGAACGUUCACGAGAUACUCUACAAUCGGCAAGAAGACGAAGAAACACGAGUGUCUACCGAUGGCUCAAAUGUGCAAAAAGCGGCCACGACCGAUCAAAAGCAACCGGAAGACAGGCGAGUUGUGGACGGAUUGCUCGAUGGUAUCAUCGACCGAGCGGUGCAGCUUCCACCGGCUGCGACGGCAGAGUCGGCCUACUCGGAGAAUGAAGUGGAAGAGCUUCCCGAAGACGAAGAAGAAAUGGGCGGUAGUGACUUCUACGGGUUACACUUUGAAGGUGCGGAGGUGGAAGCUGAUGAACAGGAAGAGGAAGAGGAAAUCGGUCGUAUGGCGAACGAUCUGAUCGAGGACAUUCUAAGUCAGGUGCUGGAUGUCUCCGAAGAGGACAAUGCUGCUGUGCAAUGA